AUAAAACCGUAAAGCUUAUUCAUAAUUAUUCAGUUUGUGAAAAGUAUCAAGAUCAUGAAUCCAACUGAAAAACUUGUAACCAAGUCCUGCUGCAACAAAUGCAAGUGCAGCUGCUGUAAGGGAGAUGCGGGUUGCGAUGGAAAAUGUAAUUGUACUGAUUGUUGUUGCAAAGAUGAAAAAUCAACCAAAUCUUGCUGCACCAAAUGCAAGUGCAGUUGCUGCAAAGGAGAUUUAGGUUGUGAUGGAAAAUGUAGUUGCACCGACUGCUGUUGUAAAGAUGAAAAAUCUGCAAACAAGUGCUGCUGCAGUAAAUGUGAGUGCAGCUGCUGUAAAGGAGAUGCGGGUUGUGAUGGAAAAUGUAAUUGUGCCGACUGUUGUUGUAAAGAUGAGAAAUCAUCAACUAAAACUUGCUCUAGCAAAUGUAAGUGCAACUGUUGCAAAGCUGAUUCAGGUUGUGAAGGAAAAUGCAAUUGUGUGAACUGUUGCUGUAAAGAGGAGGCAUCAACCAAAUCUUGCUCUAGUGAAUGUAAGUGCAGAUGCGGUAAGGGCGAUUCAGGUUGUAGUGGCAACUGCACUUGUGACGAUUGUUGUUGCAAAGGAGCAGAUAAAUCCGCCGUGAAAGAAUGCUGCAACAAGUGCAAGUGCCCGUGCUGCAAAGGAGGUCCUUGUUGCCAAGGAAAAUGCGAUUGUACUGAUUGCUGUUGCAGGAAAGAAAAGGCCCAGGAAAAAGCGUGUUGCAAAGGAUGCACCUGCAAAUGCUGUCAGGAGGGAGGAUGUGGUGGAGAAUGUGAUUGCACCGAUUGUACUUGCAACAAAGCUGGAGAAAAACCGUGCUGCAAAAAGUGCAAGUGUAACUGUUGUAGAGGAAGUGACCGUUGCUGUCGUGGAAAAUGUGAUUGCGAGACUUGCUGCUGCAAAAAACCAUCUGAAAAGAAGGAAGAACAAGAACAACAAGAAGAGCAAGUAGAAUAACAGGAAGAACAAUAGUAGAUUUAUCUAUGGGUUAAGGAUGUUUUAUUAUGUAUUUUAUAUCUAUAUACAUGUAUAACUUAUAACGUAUCUUAAAAGUUUCCUAGAAUAAAAAAGUGUCAGUACUGGGUUA